CGGCAGUCUUCUGGGACCUGUCAUGUCCACAGUCUCUGGUCAUCCCCUGUAACUAUGUCCGCAGUCUCUGGUCAUUUCCUGUACUAUGUCCGCAGUCUCUGACAGUCUCCUGUACUGUGUCCGCAGUCUCUGGUCAUCUCCUGUACUAUGUCCGCAGUCUCUGGUCAUUUCCUGUACUAUGUCCGCAGUCUCUGGACAGUCUCCUGUACUGUGUCCGCAGUCUCUGGUCAUCUCCUGUACCAUGUCCGCAGUCUCUUUUCAUCUCCUGUACUAUGUCCGCAGUCUCGUGGUCAUCUCCUGUACUAUGUCCGCAGUCUCUGGUCAUCUCCUGUACUACCUAUGUCAGCAGUCUCUGGUCAUCUCCUGUACUGUGUCCGCAGUCUCUGGUCAUCUCCUGUACUGUCCGCAGUCUCUGGUCAUCUACUGUACUAUGUCUGCAGUCUCUGGUCAUCUCCUGUACUAUGUCCGCAGUCUCUGGUCAUCUCCUGUACUAUGUCUGCAGUUUCUGGUCAUCUCCUGAUCUCCUGUACUAUGUCUGCAGUCUAUGG